GUGUAUAUACUUUGUGCAUGUGUGUGUGUGUGUGAGGGUGUGUAAAGUGGGCAGAAUGGGCUCGUCUGAAGGAGCGGCACUGCGGGCAGCUCUGGGGUCUGCCCUCCUGCUUUCUCCUCCAAGGGGGAAAGACUUGGACUGAAGCCCACGGAGAGAGCCGUGAGUCCAGCCUCUGGCUUUCUAACCCAAACCUCCUCCAGGAUCCAGCCAGGUUAUAUCAGACCGGCUGCAGGAGCGUUCUGGGAUGGCUCUGGGGUUUCUCUGUGGGGUCGAGGACUUCCUGGCCUCUGGGAGUCAGUUAGUGUGGACCGUGGCUGAGCAGGUGCUAAGAAGAUGCUACAAUGAAGGUCUUAUGCCGUGUAGAAGGUUCCUUCAGACACUGUGCCGUAUAGGAGACGUCUUUCAGAUGACGGAGGGCCGGCAGUGCCAGGUGCUUCUACUGGAUGACAGACAGCUGGAACUCUUGGUCCAGCCAAAGCUGUUGUCUCGAGAUCUACUGGACCUGGUCUCUUCCCAUUUUAACCUGAAGGAGAAAGAGUAUUUUGGCAUUUCUUUCACGGAUGAGGUUGGUCAGACUAACUGGCUCCAGCUGAACCGAAGAGUCCUGGAGCACGACUUCUCCAAAAAGCCUGGACCGCUCGAGCUCAAAUUCCAAGUGAGGUUUUACAUCGAGAGUAUCACAUUUCUGAAAGACACAGCGACGGUGGAGCUGUUCUACCGGAACGCAAAGUCUUCUGUCUAUGAUGGGACAAUUGAACUGGAGAGCGAUCAUGUGUUCAAAUUAGCCGCAUACGUGCUGCAGGAGGCGAAGGGGGUCUACACAAGUGAUGAAAGUGCAAGAUCAGAUCUGAAGAAGCUCCCCGUGUUCCCCACAGCUGUUUUAAAGGAGCACCCAUCGCUGACCUAUUGUGAAGACAGGGUAAUUGAGCAUUACAAAGCGUUCAAGGGACUCACCCGAGGAAAAGCCAUUGUACAGUAUCUUUUGCUAGUGGAAUCUUUACCUACAUAUGGAGUUCAUUACUAUGAAGUGAAGGACAAGCAGGGGAUCCCGUGGUGGUUGGGAAUCAGCUAUAAAGGCAUCGCCCAGUAUGACCAACAGGACAAGCUGAAGCCUAGAAAGAUCUUUCGCUGGAAGCAGCUCGAGAACUUGUAUUUCCGUGAGAAGAAGUUUGCAGUUGAGGUCAACGACCCUCAGAGGAGGGCAGCGUCCAAGCGUACUUUCGGACAGUCUGGGCAGGCAAUCCACUCGUGGUAUGCCAGCCACUCUCUGAUCAAAACCAUCUGGGCGAUGGCCAUCAGUCAGCACCAGUUCUACCUGGAUCGCAAACAGAGCAAAGCUAAAAUAGCCACAACCAAAAGUUUGGGCGACAUCGCUAUGGACCUCACUGAGAUCGGAGCCCCCAGGAUCAGCAGGAUGGUCAGUGUUGAGAGCAAAGACCAGCUCAUCAUGGCCAGUAAUGGAAGCUUGGUUUCUGAAGGUUCUGCAGAUUCUGAGGUAAGUGAAGAGCUGAAGAAGGAGAAAGUUGCAGAGCUGAAGAAGAAGGAGAAGAACCUUCAGGAUCUUCUGACCCAGAAGCUCAAUGAGCUUAAGAAGAUCUGCCUCAGAGAAGCAGAGCUCACUGGGAAACUGCCUAAAGAGUACCCUCUAGCGUCAGGAGAGAAACCCCCUACUGUACGAAGGCGUGUAGGGACUGCCUUCAAACUAGAUGACCUGUUCCCCUAUGACGCAGACCCUAAUUUAAGGAACUUAGAAAGCAGGUUUGCUCUGCAGCAGAAGAUCGUAGAAGCGGCGAAGAAGCUGGCCAACGAAGCCGAGCUCUGUAAAACCGUGAAGAAAAAGCGGAGGAGGAACUGUUUAGAUGCCAUGAAGAAGCUCCAGGAAAUUGAGAACGAGAUCAAUGACUACAGAGUGAAGACUGGCAAGAUGCCUACACAGAGAGCUUCCCUCAUCAUUGCUGAUGAUGCGAGUACGGCAGACCUCAGCUCCCUCUCGGACAGCCUAAAUCUGGAAGAUGAUGAGGCUCUGGGAACGCAGCGGCAGCGAUCCCGUUCGGUUCAGUAUUCCCCUCGCCCUUCGGACGCCCUGGAGGUUCCCUACCACGCCGAUCGCAGGACCUCUGCCAACGACGAGCAGCAGGACUCAAACGGAAUAAAUCAUGGCGAAGUCCAGGAACCUUACCCGUAUAUGCACCGCGAUGCCUUAUCGACACACAGUAGCCCCUACUACCAAACCUCCAGACAGCUCCAUGACUCCCGGAGCAUGCCUCCCACCCCCCAACUCACCCGCAAUGCCUUCAGCAGUAUCCAGCUCAGGUGUGAGGACGACGCCUCUCAUCACUUCCGUCAGCGCAGCGGCAGCUUAGAGUCUCAGUCUCUUUUCCCGUCAGAGACGGACGGCCCCGAGCCCACCUUCACCAUCGCUCCCCCGGCCCGCCGAAGCAACAGCACAGAGGUCCUGGACGACGUCUCCUCGCACACCAGCCAGUCCAGCUCAGAAUACUGCGUCACCUCACGGGCUCGCGACCGCUGUCGGCGGAAGAAAGGCAACGUCUAUGCCAACACGGGUAGCAUGCCGAACCUGGCACAGAACGACACUCGCGGUUACGCCUACCAGUCACGGACACGGCCCACCACCACAGCCUAUUAUGUUACCGGAUACCCCGGCUACCCGGAGUCUGAAACGUACGUCAGCAGUGGCUACGUGUACGAAAGUGAAGUGGAGGGGCACUAUAACGUCAAUCCUUCAUACCACGUGCCAGCCUAUCCCACGCACGACCCUUAUAGGGGCUACGGGCAGGACGAGUUAGAUGGCAUGAGCCAGAACCCGUACGCCACGCUGAGGCAAUCGAGGAGCCGCCCGCCGUCCAGAAAUGAGAACGUAACAAAAAACAUGCAAAAGGCUAUAGUGGCUGAGCACUUGCGAGGCUGGUAUAACCGGAACACCGGACAAAAGCAGGCAGCCUAUGACUACGACAGGGGAGCACAGCACAGCUUGGCCUACAGGAUUGCCCCUCCCGCUUAUGGCUUUACUGACCGUGCCAGCUCUUACUCGUCGGUGUCUUCAGCAGCGAAUGCGAGCAACUGGCGUAGUCACCUGGCCGUGGGCUUAUCAGAGUACAACAUGCCUCUUCACCCCCAGCACACAUACGGCUACAGCUCAGUCCAGUACAGCCACCCAGCACACAGCAGGUCGUACGUUGAUGUGAGUCAAUCGGACGCACACAUGAGCAGCCCAGUGGACAGUUUCGACUCUGAAGAUCAGACACUUUACUGGCACGAGGACUCUAAGCCUGGAACUAUAGUGUAAGGACUGAGCGAGGCCACCUGCAGCUGCUCUUCAUGCUUCCGCGUGCCUUUUUCAAGUCCGUCUCAGUUUGCUUUUCUAUGGGCGACCUGUUCCAAAUCCGCGAAAGCAAAGGAAUGUUACCAGGCAAGAGCCGUGUGACUCUUUGGAGAGAGGAGCCCUGCGCAUUCCCUCUGAGAUCAGACCCGGAACAGGCCCAGAAAGCUGUGUAUGUUUGAGUGCGGUUGGCACUAGCACUUGUGUUGCAGGACUUUAUCUACCCUUUGGAAAUGCCUGCAGUUUUCUCUUCGGGACUUAAUAUUGAUUGAUAUUUGAGCCAAACAGCCUGAAGUUUUCCUGUACCACAGAAGGAUAUUACACUAGUAAAUCCUGUGUACGGGACACACAUGCAAAUACUAAUAUGAAGGAUUGAACCCAGGUGGUUUCUGUUGUGUGAAAAAAAACCCACAUGGACAUUUUGCAGUCUUUUUUUUUUUUGUGUUUUUUAGUUAAAUAACUUGAUCAUACCCCUUAUAUUGCUCCCGAGGUUAUCUUUUGUCUUGGGAUAUUAUUCUAAAGUUUUUAUAAACAAAUCCACAUACUCAAAAGUGCUUUGAACACAGCUAUGAAAAAGUAGCUUGUUCUUUCAGUGUUUUCU